AUGACAGUAUACAGGCUUGUGGAGGUGGGUGCUGGAGGUGUGGGAAAGAGUGCCCUGACCAUCCAGCUGAUCCAUUUUGUGGAUGAAUGUGACCCCAUCAUAGAGGACUUCUAUCAGAAACAGGUGGUCAUUGAUGGGGAGAUGUGUCUGAUGAAUAUCUUAGACACAGCGGGUCGGGAGGAAUGUGGUGCCCUGUGGGACCAAUGCAUGCACACAGGAGAGGGGUUCCUCUGUGUGUUUGCUAUUAACAACACCACGUCCUUUGAGGACGUCCAUCAGAACAGGGAGCACAUCAAGCGGGUGAAGGACUCGGAUAAUGAGCCAAUGGUGCUGGUGGGGAACAAGUGUGACCUAGCCCAGGACCUUGCCCGCAGCUAUAGCAUCCCCUACAUUGAAACAUCAGCCAGGACCAGGCAGGGUGUGGAGGAUGCUUUCUACACACUUGUAGGUGAGAUUCAGCAACACAAACUUCAGGAACUAAACCCUCCUGAUAAGAGUGGCCCGGGUUACAUGAGCUGCAAGUGUGUGCUAUUGUGUCAUCAGAUGGUGGUACUCCAGCCGAUGGUUGUCCUGCUCUUCCUGGCUCCUGCUACAGCCCAGAGGUCUCAUUCCCACACCACCGCUGCCCCCACAUCCUUUGGCCUCCUACUCUUCCUGAAGCAGCCUCUGACACCCACCCCAAGAUAA